GUUUAAUGGAGGCGUGGGGGGGUUUAGAGGAUGAUGGUUAAACCCCUUUUCUAGGGCUCCGGCAAUGAACACAAUGCCCCAAAUUACAAACCUUCGCCUCCUUUUCUCCACUGCUACCAAUCACCCUAAUCCCUCUUUCUUUCUCUCUUCUUUCAAACCCAAUUCCCUCCUCAAAUUCAACAACAAAUUUCCCACUAAACUCCACAAAUCCCCUUCUUCUUCUUCUUACCCUUUCUUCACCUGUCUUGCAUCGUCAAGGAAACCGCACAGAUACAAUUCCAAAUCCUUCAAUCCCAAUCGCAGAAUCAAUACCGGUAACACCAGUUCUUUGAAGCAGAGUGAUAACAAGGAGGAAAGUGGGUUAUCAUCAAAGAAGAUGGAGCUUGAAAUGGAAGACCCCAAGAAGGCUGGAAUGGCUGCUGGGUUUAAUAAGAAAAGGGCAGAGGGUAGAGAUAAAAGUAGUAGACCUAAAGACCUUAAACUAAAAGUUCGAAGACUUAAUCCUGUUAAUACAAUAUCGUAUGUCCAGGUUUUAGGAACUGGUAUGGAUACUCAAGACACAUCUCCAUCAGUUUUGCUCUUCUUCGACAAACAGAGAUUUAUAUUCAAUGCAGGAGAAGGGUUGCAACGAUUUUGUACAGAACAUAAGAUUAAGCUAUCAAAGAUUGAUCACAUAUUUCUUUCACGUGUCUGCUCUGAAACCGCUGGUGGACUACCAGGUCUUCUACUGACAUUAGCUGGAACUGGUGAAGAGGGUAUAUCUGUAAAUGUAUGGGGACCUUCAGAUUUCAAGUAUUUAGUUGAUGCAAUGAAAUCAUUCAUUCCAAAUGCAGCCAUGGUUCAUAGCAGAUGUUUUGGUGCAUUGGACAAAAACCCUGAAAAACUCCAUGAUCAACUCAAGCUUAUUGAUGAUGAAGUUGUCAAAAUAUCUGCUAUUUUAUUAAGACCAAAUUGCCCUGAAACUCAUGAGCUCAAAAAAGAUGAAUUUGAAUUAAAGUCUAGUGAUAUUUCUGUUUUAUACAUUUGUGAGUUACCUGAGAUCAGGGGUAAAUUCGACCUAGAAAAAGCCAGAUCACUUGGACUAAGACCUGGACCAAAAUAUCGCGAAUUACAAGAAGGGAUUUCUGUUAAAUCGGAUUUAAAAGACAUCAUGGUUCAUCCUGAUGAUGUUCUUGGACCUUCUGUCCCUGGGCCCAUUGUUCUCCUUGUAGAUUGUCCUACAUUAUCUCAUUUUCAAGAAUUAUUAUUAUCCACAUCAUCUCUUGACACUUUCUAUGGUGAAACACCUAACAAAAGGGUCAAUUGUGUAAUUCAUUUAAGUUCUGCAUUGAUUGUAAACUCUAGUGAUUAUCAAAAAUGGAUGUCAAGAUUUCAUGGAGCAGAGCACAUUAUUGCAGGACAUCAAAUGAAGAAUGUUGAGAUCCCAAUUCUGCAAUCUAGUGCAAGAGUUGCAGCUCGGCUUAAUUAUUUAUGUCCACAGUUCUUCCCAGCUCCUGGUUAUUGGUCUCUUGAAAACCUAAAAAGUUCAAUGCCACCUGUCAUAAAUGAGGAUACCGAUUUAAAAACUAUAUCUGCUGAAAAUCUCCUCAAGUUCCAUUUACGCCCCUUAGCACAACUAGGGUUAGACAAAUCCAGUGUCCCAAAAAUCGUGGGUCCCACUGAGAUCAUCAAUGACCUACUUUUGGAAAUACCAGAGAUAUCUGAUGCAUCCCAACAAGUUGGUCAACUUUGGAAAGUUGACCAAAACACAAUUAAAGAAGAACCUUGGUUGAAUAAUCAAAGUGGUGUUCCAAGUUGUUUGGAGGAAAUUACACGGGAAAAUGUCGAAAUUGUCCUUCUAGGAACUGGUUCUUCUCAACCUUCUAAAUAUAGAAAUGUUAGUUCUAUCUUCAUAAAUCUUUUCUCUAAAGGUAGUGUGCUUUUAGAUUGUGGUGAAGGAACUCUUGGACAACUAAAAAGAAGAUUUGGGAUUAAAGGAGCAGAUGAUGCAGUUAAAGGUUUAAAAUGUAUUUGGAUUUCACAUAUCCAUGCAGAUCACCACACAGGUCUUGCAAGAAUCCUUGCUUUGAGACGCGAUUUAUUAAAACGGGUCGCACAUGAUCCAUUAAUUGUCAUUGGCCCUCGACAAUUAAAAAGAUUUCUUGAUGCAUAUCAAAGACUUGAAGAUUUAGACAUGCAGUUUCUUGAUUGUAGGCAUACAACAGACUCAAAAAAUAGUUUUCAAGAUUCUAAUUUGUUUACAAAAGGAAGUCAAAUGCAGAGUCAAUGGAAAAGACCAAAUAGCCCUGUGGAUAUGACCUUAGUGUCUCCCAUUAUCAACAACUUGAAGGAAGUGCUGAAAGAUGCAGGUAGGGGUAAAAUCGGAAAUAAUGGUGAAAAUAUAAACGGGUGGAAGAUUGUUUAUUCGGGUGACACGCGACCAUGUCCUGAAUUAAUCAAAGCUGCUCAAGGAGCAACGGUUCUUAUACAUGAGGCAACUUUUGAGGAUGCAUUGGUGGAGGAGGCGAUAGCAAGAAAUCAUAGUACAACUGAAGAGGCGAUUGGAGUGGGGAACAGUGCGGGUGCAUAUCGGAUAAUUCUUACCCAUUUUAGUCAAAGAUACCCGAAAAUACCAGUUUUUGAUGAAAGUUAUAUGCAUAAAACAUGCAUUGCUUUUGAUAUGAUGAGUGUAAAUUUUGCUGAUUUACAUGUGCUUCCAAGAGUGCUUCCUUACCUUAAACUGCUGUUUAAGAAUGAAAUGAUUGUUGAUGAAGCGGAUGAUGUUGAGAAUGUUGCCACUGCUGCUGCAUGAAUUUAAAUGUCUUCGAGUUGUUCUUAUGGAUUCUUGAUUAUGUUCUUGAAUGGAAACUGUUCUUAAAGUUUAGGGGCCUUAUUUGUCGAGUUUCUUUUUUAGUGGGUGUAAAUAAUUCUUGUUGCUUAGUUGGAGGGCGUCUUUUAUACUUCUUUAAUUCAUUUAAGGGCA